AUGUGGACUCUGCUCACCCAGGCUGACCUGCAUCCCCUGCCCCUCCCUGAGCCCAGGGCUCAAUGUGAAGUCACCAGCCCCACUCUGCCCUGCAUUGUGACGCCCCUGACAGAAACCACUGUGGCUGGCAUGUUAUCAGCUCUGGCUGGAGGGAAAGGUUUGGCAAUUUUGGACUGGAAUGACAAGAUGUUCCAGCUUCUAAUUCCCCUGCUUUUGGCACUCAAGGGACAUGCCCAGGACGAUCCAGAAAACGGUCAAUCUGGCCACAGGUCUGCUUUUCCAAACUCGUCAUGGUUACCAUUUCAUAAACGGCUUCAAGUCCAGAAUGGUGAGUUCCUGUGGCAAGUGAGUAUCCAGAUGUCACGGAAACACCUCUGUGGAGGCUCAAUCAUACAUCGGUGGUGGGUUCUGACAGCCGCACAUUGCUUCCCAAGAAUGCUAUUAGACAUGGCCGUGGUAAAUGUCACUGUGGUCAUGGGAACGAGAACAUUCAGCAACAUCCACUCGGAGAGAAAGCAAGUGCAGAAGGUCAUUAUUCACAAAGAUUACAAACCGCCCCAGCUCGACAGUGACCUCUCUCUGCUUCUACUUGCCACACCAGUGCAAUUCAGCAAUUUCAAAAUGCCUGUCUGCCUGCAGGAGGAGGAGAGGACCUGGGACCGGUGUUGGAUGGCAGAGUGGGUAACGACCAAUGGGUAUGACCAAUAUGAUGACUUAAACAUGCUCCUGGAAAAGCUGAGAGUGGUGCAGAUUAGCCGGAAAGAAUGCGCCAAGAGGGUAAACCAGCUGUCCAGGAACAUGAUUUGUGCUUGGAAGGAACCAGGCACCAAUGGUAUCUGCAAGGUUCUUUCAGAGCAUGGCUUCAGCCUGGUUACUUCUGACACCAGCCAGGAGGAACAGACUUUUUCCUAUAUAGCAGGUACCACCAGAAGUACUUGA